UAUAAGUAUAUUAGAUGAUGAAUUUAACUUUUUAAAUUCUGUUAUAUUAGGUUAUAUUGUAUUGCCACAAAUACCAGUAUUGUAUAAAAAUUGUUAUUAAACAUAGGAAAAUGAUUUUAUCUGAAAUCAUGCUUAAUUCAAGAAAAUCUUUAUGUAGCCAUUUAAUAUUUUAUUGUACAAACAAAAUGUAUAGAUCACAUUUAAGAAAGUUUUAUAACUAUCAAACAUUUUAUCAAUGUUAUAAAAAGGAAUCAAAAAUUAAACCCCAAUCUGAUACAUUUUAUAAUUCCAAUAUCGAUAAAAAUAAUCUCAGAGAAGUAAAUAAGUCUAUGCAGAAACAGAAAGAGCAAGAUACAAAUGUACCGAAUUUUAACGAUUUUGCAAUUAGGAAAACAAAUCUUGAAAAAAUUUAUCCAUAUCCUAAGCAAAAUCUUAACCUUAUCUAUAGUGCUGUAUAUAAAGAAUUCAAUAAGUUAUGCAUAUCAUAUACAUAUUCAGUAAUAAAAGGGAAUAUUAAGAAAAUGAAGUGUACCAUUGAUGUCACAUGGCCUUAUGAAGCAUCCUUUUCCAAUAUAGCAUCAAACAAAAAGAAAGCUGCACAUGAUGCAGCAUUAAUGUGUUUAGAUUGGCUAUAUAUGAAUGGGAAAAUUAAAGAUUGUAAACCUAUAUUAUAUGAUAAUAAAAGUAAACACAGUCUUUAUAAAUCUCAACAAUCUGUUAAUAUUAAUCUUUCACCAGAGUUCACAAGUAAAAUACAAUCUUUGAUUGAUACUUUUAAUAAUGAAGUAAAAUCUAUAAUAACAACACCAUGUGCUACUGAACUUAAUGAAGACAGUUCGGAAAAAGAAUCGGAAGAUAAUCUUUCAUUACAUGAUGAUUUUGCUGAAAUGCAUAGUAAUCAUUCAAUAAGGAAUGUAAAAAUAAGAAGAUAUAGAGAUACAACAGAUUUGCUUAUUAUUAAUUAUAAGGAAAAAUUACUUAAUGCUUUAGAAAAUAACCAGGUUUUGAUAAUUAAAGGAGACACUGGUUGUGGCAAAAGUACCCAAGUUCCACAGUUCAUACUGGAUAAAUACAUAAAACAAAAUAAAACACAUGAAUGUAAUAUAGUUGUGUCAGAACCUCGUAGAAUAUCGGCUAUUUCUUUGACUGAACGUGUUGCGUUUGAAAGGGGUGAAAAAAUAGGCAAUAAAAUAGGUUAUCAUGUUCGUUUUGAUAAUAAAACGCCAAGAACAAGUGGCUCAAUUUUAUAUUGCACAGCUGGCAUACUCCUGCAAAAAUUAAGACAUAAUCCUACAUUAAAAGGAGUAUCACACGUAAUUAUAGAUGAAGCUCAUGAAAGAAAUCUACAAACAGAUAUGUUGCUAAUGUUAUUUAAAGAUAUGUUGGAACACAAUCCACAUGUAAAACUUAUAGUUAUGUCUGCAAGUAUAAACACAGAUGUAUUACAACAAUAUUUUUCCACCACAGUUAUUGAUGUCCCUGGAAAAUUACAUGAUGUAAAAAUGCAUUUUUUGGAUGAUAUUGAUUUUUUAAAUGAGAACUCAUCAAAUCGGAAUACUCCUAUGAAAAUAGAAAUUCCUUUCAAUAACAUAGUGCGUCUAAUACAAUGGAUUAUUAAAGAUAAACCACCUGGAGCUAUUUUAUGUUUUCUCCCCGGUUGGAAAGAAAUUAAGGAGUUAUAUAACAUGCUCCAAUCUAAAAUUAGUAAUUUAUUAAUAUUACCACUUCAUUCUAAAGUUUCAAAUAAUAACCAGCAAGAGAUUUUCAGACCAGCCCCUGAUAAUAUUACAAAGAUUAUUUUAGCUACAGAUAUAGCUGAAACUGGUAUUACCAUCCAAGAUAUAAGAUAUGUUAUAGAUACUGCUGUUAAGAGAGAAGUAAGAUGGAAUAAACGGAAGCUUCUAUUCAGUUUAGAUUUUAGUCUAAUAUCACAAGCCAAUAUUUGUCAGAGGAAAGGAAGAGCUGGACGUGUAAAAUCUGGUGAAAGUUAUCACUUAAUUACUCGAAAACAAUAUAAUGAAUUAGAUCUAUAUCCGAAACCGGAGGUAUUAAAAAUUCCAUUGGAAGAAGCAAUUAUUAUUAGUAAAACAUUAUCUGAUAAGAAAGCAUUGGAUUUCUUUAAUAAUAUGAUUGAUCCACCGAAUAUUAGUUCAAUAAUUUCUGCUGUAAAUAAUUUGAAAAUUUCUGGUUUUCUCGAUAAGGAUGAAAAUUUUACAAGUUUGGGCGAACGUGUUUCGUAUAUUUCGUUGCAACUGAAUUUAAGUAAAGCUGCAGUACUUUCCUGCGUUUUGCAGUGUCUUAAUCCUGUGUUAUCAAUAAUUACUACAUUUUCUUCUUUUAAUGGACAUACUCUUUCGUUAAAUGAAAUAUCAAGUCCCUCUAGAGUUUUGAAAGAAAAAACGUUGGGAUUUCACGAAACAAGUGAUCAUAUUGGUAUAUUAAAAUAUUUUCAACAUAUGAAGUACAGUGAUAAUAACUCGUUAUUUGCUGCCAUGCAGGAUGCUGAUCAAAUUGAUUUUAAAAAAGUCUUUGAUGUGACACAAAAGCUGUUUUCGACAUAUGUAAAUGAACUUGUGAGCAGUGGAAUGGUUUCAGAGACAUCUGAUUUUAAUUAUUUGAAUGCAUAUUCUUGUAAUAAUGAAUUGAUUCGAGCGAUCUUAUUUGCUGCUACGAAUCAUUUGAUAAAAAGAAAUGUUUAUGGAUAUAAAAAAGGAUCUUUUUCAAACAAGGCAAACAUAUUAAUGACUGAGGCUAACCAAGUCGUUAAAAUUAAUAGUGGGAGUGUAAAUUACAAUAGAACAACAUGGCCAAGUGAGCUUUUGACUUACAUCAAUAAGAUGGAGUUUGUUAAAAGAUAUUCUUGUGUAGUUUCUGAUACUAGUAUGAUAUCACCAUUAUCGGUCCUAUUAUUCAGUGAAGCUGAUGUUGAGUGUGAAAAGAUACAAAACAAUGUUUCCACCGAAGAAGAACAAAUUUGUAUUAGGAUAAAUAACAUAAAGAAUUUAAAUUUGUUGUGUAAACCCGAAAUCGCGGACAUGCUAUUACAACUUCGAAGUAUGUUGUGGGGUAUCGUGCAUUUUAUAAUUAAAUAUGAAGGUAAAAAUGGUUACCAAGAUAAGCUAGAGUUAGUUCAACCAUUUAGAGACAAUUUAAUGGUUUUAAUUUCAAAAAUAUUGACGGAAUCGUCACGACAUAUUGACAAUACAUCAGAUGUAAACGAAAAUUUAAGAAUACAAAAUUAGAAAAAUUUAAACAAUGAACAUUUUUGUGACACCGUAUUACAGAAUCUUUAAUUCUAUGUUAAUAUUUAGAA